AUGUCAGGCCAUGUAUCUCAUAGUACACCAUUAUCAAUAUCAACUUCUAGGAGUAAUACCCCUGGUGAAGAAAUUGAUAAAUCUACCGGAAAUAUACUAAUAAAUAUCGAUCCCUAUGCUAUACUACUAAAAGAUGGAUCUACUAAAGCCACCAUAUACCCUAUCUCAUCUCCCAAUGACAUAUCACCCAAUCUACUAGCAUUUCUAUGGGAUGAAUAUAAUAUGGAAAUUGAAAAAGGCGAAACUCUAACUUUCUAUGAACCAUUAUCAUUCGAAUCAUUUAUUUCCCAUUGGUUUGAUUCAACCAGUAUAGUGGCCAUAAUGGCUGUCGGUGAUGAAACCAACAUGGAUGACCUUGGUAAUGAUGAAUUACAUGAAUGGCCUAGUGAAUUACUUGGAAUUUUCAAUAUUAAGCCAAAUUUCCCUGGUUGUCAAAGAAGUGGACAUAUAUGUACUGGAGAAUUUUUAGUCAAUGCUGGGAUAAGGGGUCGAGGGAUUGGCAAGACUUUAACGGACUGUUUUAUGCAAUGGGCUCUUAAAUUGGGUUAUACUUAUGUUAUAUUUAAUCUAGUACUAGAAACUAAUGUUGCAGCAAGAAAAUUAUGGGAAUCACUUAAUUUUUCCAGAUUAGGAAAAAUUAAUAAUGUGGCUAUUAUGGGUCAUGAUGAUCAAGAACGUGAAUUAGUUGAUGGAAUAAUAUAUGGGAAAAGUAUUGAAAAUACUAUAGGGGAAUCAAGUAACAGGGACAGGAAAACCCCGGAAUCGGAAUCGGAUUCAAAUAAUAGUAAAUUUGAAAAUUUGAAAUAUUAUUUACAGACAGGCAAUUAUCCACCCAAUGUCGAUAAUAAGGAAAAAUCACGAUUACGAGCAAAUAAAGCCAAUUAUUAUUUACAAGAUGAUAAAUUAAUGGUCAAUGGGAGAGAAGUUGUAUCUAAUAUAGAUUUACAAUUGAAAAUAUGUCAAUUGACUCAUGAAGAAAAUGGACAUCUGGGGAUUAAUCGAACAACUACAUUAAUCAGUCAAAAAUAUCAUUGGAUAAGGAUUAAAGAAACAGUGGCAAGAGCAUUAAAAUUAUGUCAAGAAUGUAAGAAUAAUUCACUUCAGGCAAAGGAAGAAUUUUUAAAUCAAUCCAAUAAAAGAAUUAAAUUACAAAAGAAAACAAGCAACAAUGAUACGCCAAUGCCAUUAUUAGAUAAUCGACAAUUUGAACAGGCAGUAAUUCAAGCAAAACAACGACUAAAUGAUCCAAAUGGUGUAUCUUAUGCUGAUGUAGCUAGAUCUGCUAUUGAUGAUGAUUCACAAAUCCAAUCAAAACAACAAAGCAUACAUCCUGAAGUUAAAAAAUAUGAUAAAUUGUCCAAUAGUAAUCAAACCCUGUCAGUCGAUCCAUCAGUUAGAACUUACUACUAG